AACCCAUUGCUAUAUAUUUAAACAUUUAUUUAUUGCUGCAACCCCUCAUUACCUAUCUAUCUUUCAUCAGUUUCUUCUGCACGUACUCUCUUGGAUCAACAACAAUGGUGCAGGAAGAAGCUAGUGCAGUGAAGAAAAGAAUAGAAAUUGGACCAUGGGGUGUUCAUGGAGGCGGCAGUAGUGAGUGCAGGGAUGAUGGUAGCAUCGAUGGAAUAAGAGAGAUAAGCCUCGUCUAUGGCCGUUGUAUUGACUCCAUAAAGGUAGUUUACAAUAAAAAUGGCAGGCCUUUUAUUGCAGAAAAAAAGCAUGGAGGAAAUGGUGGUGACAAAACUGGGGAGGUAAAGCUACAAUUUCCAGAGGAAUACCUAACCAGUAUUAGUGGCUACUAUGGACCAGAACGUGGCAGCCUUGUGAUACGAUCGCUCACCUUUAAAAGCAACCUGCAGAGGACAUUUGGGCCAUUUGGGUUGGAAGAAGGAACCCCCUUUUCAGUGCCCGUGGAAGGAGGUAAGAUUGGUGGGUUGAAGGGGAGAAAUGGGUGGUAUAUAGACUCAAUUGGCUGCUACAUUGCUUGUAUCCAGACGCCUAACGCCGCCGCCGCCAAUCAAAAGGGUAAAAAAACACGCAAGAAACGUACCACCACUGUGGUUGGGCACCAGAAUAAAAGCUGCAGCACCAUAACUUAAGUUACGUUCCUUGUAAAAUUAUACAAUGCAAAGAUGCCAUCAAGAAAGGGAAGGAGUUUGUAAGGCAUUAAACACAAGUAAAGAGUGCAUCUCUACUUGGAUGAAAUCUACAUUCAAUCUCUUUAAAUAAUACUUUAGUUUGUGGAAAA